GGAGGAUCGCUGAAGAUCAUCACAUGAAGAUCGUAGAGGGGGAGCAGGGUGUCGAGACAUCAGUUAAAGAGACACCAACUACUCUUACAACAACAAAUUUUCAAGAUCCCAGAAAAAAAAAUUGCACAACUACACAAGCAGGACAAAUGCAUAGCUGCACUGUGUCGUCGAUGCAAAUAAAGGAAGACGCGGCAACAUCUGAAAGGGCAC